AUGUCUGAACAGUAUCGAGGCGUAUUCGAUUUACACAAUAAAAAUGCUGUGAUCACGGGCGCGAGCAGUGGUAUUGGAAACGUAGUGGCACUAACAUUAGCCAAACAAGGAUGUAAUGUUGCUCUACUGGCUCGUUCACGUGAUGCUUUAGAAAAAUUAGCAUCAGAAUGUUCGACACACGGCGUUCAAGCGCAUGUAAUAGUAUGCGAUAUGUCAUCGAAACAAUCAGUGGAGGAUGCAUGUAAACAAAUUCAGCAAGUGUUCGAAAGCAAAUUACAUGUUUUGAUCAAUAACGCUGGUACUUUUGGUGAACGUGUACCGUCCACCGAAGAGAAAACACCAUCCGGAAAAGAUCUUGUAGACAUGUGGGAAGAGGUUAUGAUGGUGAAUUUGGUGAAUUUAAUGCGACUAACAGGACGAUGUCUACCAAUGAUGAAAGAAUUGAAACAUGGUGCUAUAAUCACAAUUUCAUCAUUAGCAGCAACGAUGACUGGUGGUGGCGUAGUUCAAUAUCAUGCAAGUAAAUGGGGCGUGAAUGGAUUUCUUGGAUCAAUUUAUGAAGAUGUUCGUGAGUACGGUAUCAAAGUAUGUUCAAUCAUGCCCGGUUUCGUCAACACACCCAUGAUUCAAGGUGAAGAUGCGAAAAAAUUAAAUUUGGACAAAUGCAUUCAGUCAGAAGACAUUGCUGAAGGUGUUCUCUAUGUUCUACGAACACCUUACAAUGUCUGUCCGACGGAAAUUAAGUAUCGACCGCAAUAUACUCCAUAUAUGAAAAAUUAA